AUGCGGCGAUUCGUCGUCGUCGUCGAGGUCAGCAGCACGGAUGAUAACAUGGCCGACGACGGCAACAAGUGGCAAAUAAUGAAGGCGGCCAUCAGUCUGGACGGGGCGACUGUUGGUGGUGGUGGUGGCGGUACUGUUCCUACAGCCAGCGAGACGAUACGCAAGGCCGCCAAGGCCAGGAGGGCCACUGUGCAGCCCGACCAGCAGCAGCAGCAGCAGUCGUUGGCGACAUGCAGCAGUGGUGGUGGUGCUGCUUCUGCUGGCCCCGUGCGGCCACAACGGCAGAGUCUGCCGGCCCAUUUCAUGACGGCGUCCAUCACCAGCACCAGCACGAGCACUGCCAACAACGAAAAGUCAAGUGUUGUUUGGGAACAAGCGACACCUAUGAAGGAUGCUGACAAGUACGAGCAAAUCCCACUCCAUCAACUCGACUCGGUGUCUAUCACCAAUGAGGACGCAUCAUCAUCAUCAUGAUCUCCUCCUCCUCCUUGUCAUCAUCCUCGGAUGCCUGCUGUCGAUCAUAAUGUUAUUAUUGAUGCUCAGCAUGAUGAUGGACAUGGGGAUGAUGAUGAAGAAGAAGAAGAAACGCAAACAUGGAAAAAAGAGGAAAGAAAGAGAUCCCGUAUAAGUAACUCAUCGUCUGCUGUUGGCUCAUCCUCUCAUAUACACAUGAUGUAUAUAGAGUGGUGCACUGUACAUUAUUCAUUUCCGCGUGUGUUGCUUUCUUAUUGGGUGCUGUCCGUCAUAAUCAUCCAGCAAAUGUCGACUUACAACAACCCCCAAUAUCACAUCAUCGAAAUCAUUCACCGCCAUCUCUUCUCCAGCAUGCAGUGAUGUGAUGUGUAAUGUGCCAGACAUUAAUUCUCAUUAUUUUGGUAACUCGACUCCAUUCAAAUUCAACUGAUAUGUCCAGCAGCAGCAGCAGGAGCACGGGAUUUUUCUUCUAAGAUUUGUGUUUGUCUGCUGCUGAUGCUUCCUUUUUCGUCCACACUAUGUACAGUGCAACUUCAAUUUUUCCCCAUGAACGACGAAGCACUGUGUUGUGUGAUGGUCACAAUGAAUUAAAAGAAAAAAAAGUGUGAAGAGAAAUAUAUACAUCGAAGCUACUA